AUGGAGGGAUGGGUUGAGUCUGAGCGUUCGGGAUGUGGGGGAAUCAAGGGAUGGUUCUUCAUCAUGUCGUCUACAACCACAACCACAACUACUACUACGGCCGUUGAAGCCAGCACGCUCUCCAUCCUCUCCGACUACGAGAUCCACCACACCGGCUCAGAAACCCAGCCUCAACCUCAGACUGCUCGUGACUCUACCCCGACAGUAUCCCAGCCUGUGAACUGGCCUUCACACUAUAGGCGUAUCCCUUCAUAUCGACCUGUGAACCGGAGUUUGAGCUACGAAGAGCGAUCAGCUGGGACGAGUCCGGUAGAGUAUGUGUUUAUUCAAUCCAUGUUGCACGGGGUGUGGCUGAAUGCGUCUGUUGCGCGUCUCUGGCGCUUUACUGGUGGGAGGAUCAACGACAAGAUCUUUCAUUAUGAGAUUGGCGGAGAGUGGUAA